CAGUCUGGACGGAGCAGAACCCGUGACGUAAGCGACCACCAUUCUGCUGUGCGGACAAUCAAUAAACAUCUUCUGCAAAGUGACAACAUAACCAUAUAUCGAGCACUUUUGAGGGUAUUCAAUACAAUUAUGGACUCCACAUCGACCAUAGGAGGGUUCGUCAGCACUCUCACCGAGAUGGGCUUCAGUGGGGAUCAGAUACAGGCGGCGAUGCAGGCAGGAUUCUUCUCUGUACCAGAAGCAGCUGAAUGGCUUUUGCAGGGUGGGAGUCCACGGCAUAAGCUAUUCAAGCAGCCUUCAGGUCCUUUAGAGACGGCAUUUUCUGCAUUUAACCCUCCCAAAGAUGCUCUCUGCUCCAACAACAACUCACAGUCUGAUGAAACAGGUGCUUCAUUGGUCUUGGUACCACCUUCUGUGAACGCUCCCACAGCAAAAGAGCAUCCACCCCUGGAAACAAGGAUCAAGCAGGAUAAGAGUAAUUUCCACGAGCAGCAGAGGCAGCGAGUGGCCCAAGAGGCACGGGCAGAAAAGACACAGAAGAAGCAGGAGCGUGAGUUGGUAUUGAAGAGGAUAGCAGAGGACCGGCGUAGUCAGCAGGAGAAAACCCAAAACGAAGCCACGGCCGAGACCUCUCCAUCAAGUGGACAGAGACUGGGUGGACGUGUGGAGACCAGCUUGGACAACCACUGCAUCCUUAUGAUUCGUCUUCCCUCUGGGGAAUCAAUGCGUGAGCGUUUUCCUGCGGACACUCCCUUAAGUCACGUCGUCGAAUACAUUGCCAGCCGCCACCCUUCACUACCCGCUUUUUCCCUCCUGCAAGGGUUUCCUCGAAAGCGCUUUGGCGAAGCUGAGCUAACCUGCUCCCUCCGGUCUCUGGGACUGACUCCCAAUGCUGCACUUUGCAUACAGACCACACCCCCCGAAACGCCUCAGGACCCUCCUAGUCCAGUGUCCCGAUUGGCUGUUGUAGGGCAGGCAGAGGCGGAGCCACAGGAAGAGCCGGUAGAGCCACCGGAUGAGCAACCCCAGGUGGAGGACAGAGCUUUAGAGGAACUUGAGAUACCUCCUCCUCUGCGCCAUCAACUGUGGGAGGAAGCAGUGGGGUAUGCUGGGAUUCCUGGGGUCGGACCUCCGCUGUCAGGGCCCUCUCACUACUGGGGACGAGGCAAUAAACUGGUGCGAGGUGAAGCAGAAAAUGUGGAACAUGUGGAAAAUGAGGAGCAACCAGAAGAUGUAGUUCUACCUCCAUUUAAUCUCAAUGGACUGCCACAGUUGCCGUUCUUCCUGGAGAACAGGGGAAGAGUAGGACUGGAGCCGAGACAUCACUGGCCGGAGCAGGGCAACAGACUCAGGGAGGCGGAGCCUGAUGACCCAGCAGACCCUGAGGAAGGCCGUGUGUUGCGUGGAGCUGUGGGUCAAGCAGCAGUAGAGCGUUUACAACGAGGCGCCCAUCACGACGAGCAGUCGUCACCACACGGGCAUCCCUCGCCCCCCAAAAAAGCCUUCAAGACCCCCCGCGUGCCCCCUCUCUGUUCGAUGGCCAUCAGGGCCACCGUUUCCCUCAUGACAGCUCCCAGCAUGCAGUACAGCAGCAGCCUAGCCUGUUUGACUCCCGAGCUGGUCGAACUCUUGUUGACUCAUAUGGCACGUGAACGUCUCCUCCGACCGCGUACGCUGGAGCUGUUCUUUGGCUGCCCACUGCAAAAGUUCGUCCUAAAUUGCUAUCCUUAUACCACCAAUGAGCUGCUGCGGCAACUGAGAGCGUUUUCCUCUCUUAAACAUCUCAGCCUUGUCAACUCUCCUCUCAUCACAGACGCUGGUCUUUCGGUUUUGUCCAACCUCUCCAAACUUCAGCAUCUCAACCUGUCGUCUUGUAACAAACUAACAGACAGCUGUUUGCAGCACAUCGCAGGUCUCCGCAGCCUGACGUUCCUGGCUCUGGACCAGACCAAAGUAAGCGAUGCAGGUCUGCUGAUGUAUCUGGGGUCAGGUCCUCUAGCGCUGUGUCAGCUCAGCCUCAAUCACACGGCCAUCACUGAGAGCACACUGAGAGCGCUGCCCACAUGUGUACCACAGCUACGAACGCUCAGUAUUAAACACACCAAGGUGAGUGACGUGUCUGCACUCGCAGAGCUCCGAAGCCUGCAGACGCUUCACCUGGACGGCACAGGUGUACAAGAAAAUACUCUCCAGUGCCUAGCAACCCACCCCAGCCUAUCCUCUCUCAGCCUGGCCGGCAUACCAGUCGCGGAUGGAAACCGCACGCUGGAGAUCAUUUCAGGCCUCAGGCUUACCCAGCUCACCCUGCCUGGCAGACACACUGUGACAGACAGUGGACUUCUGUUUCUCUCCAGACAGACUUUGCUUUUAGAGCUCGACCUGACUGACUACACUCAGCUCAGCGACCACGGCAUUACACAGCUUUCCAGCAUGAGCAGGUUGAAGAAGCUGUCUCUUAGCAACACUCAGGUGAGUGACAGCGGGCUGCAGGGACUGAUCAGUCUAAAAGAGCUCCAGGAACUGUGUCUGGACCGUACAGCCGUCACCAGCAGGGGCGUUGCAGCCUUGAUCACACACCUACCACAUCUGCAGGUGAUGGGUUUGGCCAGUACACAGGUGGGCGAUACGGUGAUCAAACAAGGUCUGGUUCACUGUCCUCAGCUGCUGAAACUCAAUCUCAGCAGAACCAGAAUCACAGAUCAGGGUCUGAAGUUCCUGUGUCGUAUGCAGCUGAGUCAAGUGAACCUGGAUGGCACAGGUGUAACUCUUAUUGGCAUUGCCAACCUGAUCUCCGCCUGCCCUCAUCUGAUCAGCAUACGAGCCAGCCAAACCCGCGCCAUUCCUCCAGACCAACAGUCUGACGACGACAGCGAUAACGAUAAUGGCACUGAUGCCAGACGAUCCUAGAUGUCUGUGUGUAUUCUUCAAACAUGGGCAUAGUACCCUUCAGCUGUUUCUCAGAGGGCAGAUUAUUCAGAGCUUCCUUUUUCCAUUAGUAGCACUACAAUCUCACUUGGGGUAGACAAUCAAGUUGAAAUACUUAUUUGAAUGUGGUCACACAGCGUAAUGAGUUUUGUCUGGAGCUUUAAAAGUGCCAUGGACAUGCACACUUCAAAUUUAGAUUUUUUGUAAAAUAAAAUGAAUUUCAUUUAAACGUACAGAUACUUGUAAUACAGUAUUUAAAAAAAAAAAGCAGAAGGCGUCAUAAUUUAGUAAUAAUGAUGCUCAAAUAUUGAUAAUCAACACUUUGCAUGACAGAUGUAGAAGUAUUUGAAUCUUUUACAUUGUGUAUUGCUGAGCUGUGCAUGAACAUAUUUUUAUUUCAAAAAAAGAAUGAAAAUAUAGCUGUUAAUGACAGAAUUAAGAUUUUAUGUAGAUAUAUUUUGGAUAAAUGCAUCUGAAUGGCUGAAGUGGAAAGUCAUUUUGUACUGGAAGUUGGCAUUUAAGUAUAACCAAAGUCAGUGUCAAUUUACUGGGAUGUUACUGGAUCUACACUAGCAGAAGUUUUACUCCUACAUGUAUAUUCAUGUUGGAUGUAAGUUUAUUAGUAUAUCUGUUUUUUUGUUGUUGUUUUUUUUUAUUAGAGGAUUUAUUAGUCUGCUGGGAAUAACUGGAUCCAGGU